GAGAGAGUGUGGGUGCGUGGGUGUAUGGGUGUGAACAUGUAUGUUUGUGUGUGUGUGUUUUCAUGCAUGACUAAGGCUCUAUACAUUUUACUUGACGGCCUGGGAGUGACAAUAGGAUAAGGCGGGCCAGUAGUGCUAAGAGAGAUUACAGACAGAACGAGAGAGUGAGAGACGGAGGGAGAGAGAAAGAAAGCUUGAUCGCCAUUCAGAAGAUGGAAAACAGCAUGUAACCUGCAAACUGUGACAUUCACGCAGGACUGUGAAGGAGCGUGUCUGUGUGUCGCUUGUGUGUGGGAGAAUGAGAUUGUCUGAAAGUGACCAGCUGCCAUGACCUCUGCCACCCCUCAGAAGAGGAUGGUGUCCUCUGUCUUCAUCACCCUGUCUUCUCCUUACCGAGCUACAGUCACCCCGACACCCCUGAUCCCCACGCCAAUGCCCCAAAUCCUUGGCACCCCAGUUCGAGACAUGCAGCACUCCGCGACACCACUCAGCCCCACCGGGGCGCACCGGAGACCCUCAGCUUCCUCCACCGCCACACAGGAAGGGGUGUGUGGUGGCUUUUCUUUACCUGCCAGCCCUCUCCGAGCCCAGGCCAGACCCAGCCUGCUCACGCCUGCCCCAGAGACCCGGACCGCGCUCAUUGCUAAUGGCAGUCCUCACCCUGCUCCAUCCAGUCUGGGGAGUACAGGCCAGGGCAAGCAGGAGUACUGCCCUAAGGAGUUCUUUCCUUCUCCACCUCCCCCCAAACCCCUGGACUCAGAGGUGUCUGAUGUCCCGGUUGCUUCUCCACCCCCACCUCCUUUUGUUAUGUCCUCUCCCGUGCGCCCUCCAGUUGACCCCAGACACGGACCAUCAGCCUCCACAGGCGGGCAGGUCUCUGCGGCUGGGAGGCGUACUAUGGAGACACUGCCCCCUGCUGAUAGGAACAAAGAUGCACCAUCAGCAGGAUUUCUGGACAGCAGCGAAGAGGAGAUCAAACCAGAUGUGUGUGGAUUCUGUCGUAAGACUGUGCCGCUCAGUGAGCCUGCCACUGAGGCCUUAAACAGAACCUAUCACAGCAGCUGCUUCCAGUGCAGACAAUGCCACACUGCUCUCGCUGGCAAAAUGUACUACAGCAAGGCGGGGAUUCCCCUGUGUGAGGACUGCUACCAGGCCAGUCUGGAGCCCUGCUGGGCAUGUGGCGAGGUCAUCAAGGAUCAUGUGAUCCGUGCGCUUGAGAGAGCCUAUCAUCCACCCUGCUUCGUCUGCACAACCUGCAGCCAGCCAAUCGGAGAGCAGAGGUUCGCCCAAGGCGAGGUGGGCGAGGUGUACUGCCUGCAGGACUACUACAGGAAAUACGCUCCUCAGUGCAGCAUCUGUGGAGAGCUGAUAAUCCCACGAGAGGAUGGCACAGACAGCUACACAGUAGAGUGCCUUGGACGCUCCUUCCAUGAAGACUGCUACCGCUGUGAGGUGUGUGGGAUGCUUCUCUCCCCAGAGCCGAAUGAACAUGGAUGUCACCCACUGGAGGGGCAAAUACUCUGCAAACCCUGCCACUUGUCUCUGAUCCAGGCAGCUCAGCACUGAGCCUGCAUGCUAAGGGCUUCCACUUAGAUCCUGUUCAUUAUGGAGAUGAUCCAUCCACGGGGAUGAGCGUCGUCAGAGGAGAGGGGUGGAGAAGAAUUUAAAGUAGCUCGGCUGUGUCUUUGGCCAUGAGCAAAAGAGAGGACCAUAAAUGCAAAAGAAGGGUCAUCAAAACUAUUGCAUACAUAUAUGUAAAAUGUCAUUACCAGCAAGCAGUCAUGUAUUCACUGGAAAAUGGAAAAAAAUGUUCAAUAGAAAAUGGCUUCUCAUCACAGCUUCACAGGGGAUUUUGAAAAAUGCAAGAUAUAUAGUUAUUGACUCAGAACUGCAGCGCCAUCUCAUGGACUAAAACAAUGCUAGGCCGCUUUACCUGGUCUGGGAUAAAGAUUGCAUACAAAAAUGCUGCAAAACUGGGAAAGCGUUGCUGAGAGAGCAGAAUCUCUCCUUCUAAUGAAUCGGUAGUUAAAAUACCUUAGUGCGACAUUAUUUUUUUAUUUUCCAGUUUUUUUUUAAAAUUUCAUUUCACUGCAUUUAUCAAUGAUGUAGCAUCAUGUGUAUGAACCAUAUCUGAUGUAAUCUAAAAUUUUGCACUCUUGUGUAAUAUGCACCAAAAUAUAAUACACCAAAGAUAUUUAUUCAUUUCCACGAUUUUCCUAUAUUUUUCAGAUAAUAGUCUAGUAUAUGAAAAUCGCCAUCGUAUCAGUAACAAAAUAAACCAAUAUGUGUUACA